AUGGAUUUGGCUUCAGAAGAUGACAAUCUUGGAUGCUCGUUGAACCAAGAGUCCAGUGAUAAAACAAGUGAUCACCAUUCUGAAAAGAAAGAAGACUCAAAACUAAAAUCUCCUUAUGUUGGAAUGUUUUUCGAAACAUUGAAGGAGGCCGAACAAUAUUAUGAAGAUUACGGUCGACAAGAAGGUUUUUGGACUCGUAUCCGAAGUUCAUCAAAGUAUAGAUCACAGUCAAGUGAAGUGACAGGUAGAUUAUUUGUUUGUGCACAUGAAGGUAAACAUGUCAUGCAAACUGAAAAAGAAGAUGAUCUGGAAGAGAAAGACGAGAGAGCUGAGAGUGAUGAAGCAGAAAUAUGUGAUAUACAGGUUGAAAAGAAGAGGCGUAGAAGUUGUUCAACUGUAAAGUGUGGGUGCAAGGCUAAUAUGCGAAUUCUUCAUGACAAAUGGACAAGAAAAUGGAAAGUUUCAGUUUUCAGUGACAUCCACAACCAUAAAGUAGUGUCACCAGCUAGAAGAAUGAUGAUGAAGUCAAAUAAACAUAUGCCUGAUGCAGCAAAAGAUUUAACUGAAGCUUUUCAGAGAGAGAACUUGCGAAUCAGUAAAGUUCCCUCAAUGUUUGGCGGUGCUCAUAGUACUGGUUUUGACAAUAGGGACUGCUAUAAUCAUUUAAGGAACGUGAGGCACAAAGAGUUGGAAUAUGGAGAUGCACAAUCGGUCCUCAAUUACUUUAGAAAAAAGCAAGCAGAAAAUCUGCAUUUCUUUUAUGCUAUUCAGUGUGAUGAAGAUGGUAGAGCUACUAACUUUUUUUGGGUGGACUCUAGAUCAAGGAUGGCGUAUCAGUAUUUUGGGGAUGUAGUGACAUUUGAUACAACAUAUCGGACAAACAAGUAUGAUAUGCCUUUUGCACCAUUUACUGGAGUUAACCAUCACUUCCAAUCCAUACAAUUUGGAUGUGCACUUUUGCAAGAUGAGACCGAGUCAACUUUUCAAUGGUUAUUUGAGACGUGGCUUGAAGCUAUGGGAGGUCGGCAUCCAUUAUGUAUUAUCACUGACCAAGAUUUGGCAAUGAAAGGAGAAAUGGCUAAGAUUUUUCUUGCUACUCGUCACCACCUUUGCAUUUGGCAUAUAAAGAAGAAUUUUGGUGAAAAGUUGUCACAUGUAUAUUAUAAGAAGUCCAACUUCAAGACCGGCAUGAAAAAGUGUAUAUGGGCAACAUACAAGGUAGAGGAUUUUGAAGAGCAAUGGAAAAAGUUAAUUGAGGAGCAUGAUUUGGGACCGAAUGAAUGGCUACAACAACUCUAUGAAAUCCGUGAAUCCUGGGUUCCAGUAUAUAAUCGCGGUACAUUUUUUGCUGGAAUGAAUACUACAGGGCGUAGUGAAGGCACCAAUGUAUUUUUUGACGACUUUGUUACAUCAAUAACAAAUCUAAGAGAGUUUGUUGUUAAGUAUGAACAAGCCUUACAGAAGAUUGUUAGAAGGGAAAGUAGCGAAGAUUUUACAUCAGAGCAUAAAUAUCGUAUUGUGGAUGAUGACGAUUUUCUUUUGAAACAUGCAGCACAGGUGUAUACCAGAAAUAUGUUUGAAAAAUUCAAGAGCGAAUGGACUAGAGUCAAACGGCUUAAAGUUGAAGAAAGGGAUUCUGACGACCAGUUUCAUAGAUACUCAGUGAUGAAGAAAAUUGGUAACCCGCAAAAGUUUUUGGUGGAGUUGAAUUUACAAACACAUGAGGGUAAAUGUGAAUGUCAAAAUUUUGAAUUUGUGGGAAUAAUUUGCCGGCAUAUUAUGAAAGUGUUUGUUCGUCAAGACAUUGAUACAAUACCGUCCCACUUUAUUCUUUCAAGAUGGAAACAAGGAGCAAAUAAAUUUAGAGUUACGGAUUCUGAAGCCUUAGUACAGAAUGAUGGUAAAGAACAAUCGGAAGCAUUGAGAUUUAGUCACAUGUGUCGGAGAGCCACUCAACUAGCUUGUUCUGCUGCGCCUUCUAAUGAAGCCUACACAAUCUACAUGGGUGGUUUAGAUGAAUUGUCAAAAAAAAUUUCAGAGCUCAAUAAGGUGUCACAGGAAGAUGUUAUGGAGUCUCAAGAUAAUGUUUUGCAAGAUGAAGGAGCAGAUAAAUGUACCAUUGCCUUAAUUUGUAUUUGUAGAAAGCAAGAAUCUGUCACAGUUUCGGAUGAGAAUGAGGAAGAUUCGGAUGAGGAGGAUUCAGACGAGGAGGAGGAUUCAGAUGAGGACAAUGAAGACUAA